UGAAAACCACCAUAGAUGCCCCAUUUUACGACUACACCUCAAAGUUUAAACUGCAUAUUCAAUUAAUCGCGUGAGGUAUAUAAGAUAAAUUAAAAUGGCCAACACAUAAAUGUUAUUGCUACUUGGAUAUGUUUCAACAUAUGGAUUAAUGACAUAGACAAUUUGUUGAAGGACAGUCUAAAAUGUAUGGCUAUUUCAACCUGAUAAUAAAGAGAUUCAUCAUCGAAAAGUUUGGAGAGGAAAAAUGGAACAACAUUAUCAACACAAGUAAAUGUGCCAAAUCGUAUGAUGAGUUCGCAGUCUACGAUGACGAAGUCACGACAAAGAUCAUCAAAGCCGCAUCGAAUGCUGUUGACAUCAAGCGCGACGCCCUGUUGGAAAUGGUAGGGGAGUACUAUCUCGACCACAUAAUGAAUACCGGACACGAGAAGAUGCUGCGACGUCUUGGUGGCAACUUAUUGGCGUUCUUGGAAAAUCUAGAUUCUCUCCAUACUUACAAAUUGUCGGAUUAUCCUGAGAUGAACGCGCCAUCCUUCAGAUGUCAGGAUGAUUCGAAAGAAGAUAGAAUAACACUACAUUAUUAUUCGUUCAGGCGAGGUCUACAUCCUCUUUGUCAGGGGAUUAUAAAAUCCGUGGCAAAGAUGUUUUACAAACAAGAAAUAAAACUCGAGGUAUUGUCCAAUACACUGGAAAACGUUGGCACGUCUAAAGGUGCAAGGGAGCAUAUCGUAUUUGAUAUCAAGGUGAUGAGCAAUAAACCAAGACCUGAAAUGCCACCACCAACGUACGUUGCACAGACACAAAAGCAUGGAGAGAAAAACAUAAGCCCACAGGACAUCGAUACAGCUGCCGCCCAUGCCAAAGAGCAGCCGAUUCAAAUCAGCAAAGGCGGGGUUCUUGCCGCAAAGUGGCGGGCGUCUGGUCAAAUUGCAGCAAUAUACGGCGGAUUUACUCCAACGUAUCCUGAGAAAAUGGCGAUUGACGCAAAGACAUUUUGUAAUGUAUUCCCGUAUCACGUGAUAUUUGACGAGAGUUUGCACAUCCGGGGGAGUGGGAUUAGCAUGCAGCAAUUAAUGCCCGAAAUAAGAGACACUGGAGCAAGUAUAUCAACGUUCUUUAAACAAAUAUAUCCUCAUCAUAUGGACUUCACUUUUGAGAAUAUCAAGAAAUAUAUAAAUACUCCCUUCCAUAUGGAGACAAAGCACGCAAAAAUGAACGACAAGUGGGGAAACAAACCUAUGGUUAUUUUGAGAGGUCAGAUGGUUCAUUUAGCUCAAGAUGGCUACGUCGUUUAUCUUGCGUCACCUUAUGUCAGAUGUUUACAAGAUCUCGAAGACAGAAAAAUGCAUAUCUCUGAGAUAGCUAUACAUGACGUAACUCGAGAUUUGUUGAUGUGGGAAGAUGAACUAAGAUGUAUUAACCCCACGUUACGCUUUAUGAGUAGGAGGGAACAAUCUCAAGUUUCUGUCCCUGAAAGGCGAAAGAGUGGUGGGUCCGCAAGGGGAAAUCGUGGAGUAAGGAGAGAUCGGGGUGGUCAAGAGGGACAAGGUGUAGGUGGUGAGGCCGACGUCUUAGUUGACGGUGAUGGCAUCGACCAAGCUGCUUAUGACGAACUACUUAUAAAAUACAGAAAAUGCCAAGGUGAUUAUGAGCGAGAACGAGAAAAUGCGUUAAGAAUGAAAUACGCCCUGUUGCCAAAGUCCGUAGCUGACACGAUGAUUAAAUCUGAGAGAGCCCCAGAACCAGGUGAGUUCAAGAGUUGUACUAUUCUUUUCUGUGAUGUGGUGAUGUUUUCGAAGAUCUCAAAGCAAUGCAAGCCGAAGAAGAUCAUGGAUCUGCUCACUGACCUACACGUCCGAUACGACAAAAUUUGUGACAUCCACAACGUCAUAAGGGUGGAAACAAUAGGAGAUGCUUAUAUGUGUAUAUCCGGUGCACCAGAUGAUUGUAAAACGCACGCAGAACGCAUCGCUAAUGCAGCGCUUGGAAUAAACCUGACGUCGCAAGAGGUUAAAUCGCCAAUAACAUACGAUGACGAUGACGAUGGUUUUAUAAAGGUUCGAAUUGGUGUCCAUACGGGUACUGCUUUAGCCGGGGUAGUUGGAAGCAGAAUCCCCCGGUACACAAUCAUGGGGAACACUGCAAACAUGGCGUCUAAAAUGGAAAGCCACGGUUUACCAAACAGAAUACAGAUCAGUCACGACGUAAAUAAGCUAUUAAAGAGGAAGGGGUUCAUCAUCAUAGACCGAGGCGAAAUAGAGGUUAGAGGAGGGGGCAAAGUUUACACUUAUUUUCUAGAGGGUAACAAGAGGAAGACUGAAGAAGAAUUGCUUGGGCGUAGUAGAAACAUCGAGGGAAUAAAGUUAGAGGACAAAGAUAGAAGUCCCUCACCGGUUCCGUCGAACGAUUCCGGUGGGCAACGAAGGAGGUCGGUGACUCCGAGGAACAAGGUUCACCCGAGAACAGACGAUUACUACAAUGAUGGAGAGUCCCACAGAUUGUCAACUUCUGGCCAAAUGAGAUAUUCGGAUUCCCCUGCUGCUCCCAGAGUCAACGUCACUUCAACGCGAGAUAAUGCGAGAUCUGGGAGAUCACCGAGACCAAGGGCUCGACAAGAUUCAGACAGAAAUUAUGAUGAUAACCAGGAUGUGAUAAUCGUCGAUCGACGUAGAGAUGAUCGGCGCGUCAGACCAAAUUCCGACUCAACAGAUCGACAUUACGGAAACGGCCGAGGGAACAUGAGACCGGUUCAAGAGGAGCAUCGAACGGUCGUUAGAGUCAACGAGAACGACGACGGCUGGGCACAUCCCUCCGACAAACGACGUAAUUCUCCACCGGAACGACACACCAGAGUGAUACAUGAAUACGAAGAUUCGUAUCCCCAACGAGGUGGGCGUUAUGAUGAUCGGGAUUACGACGAUUAUCCCAGUGGGCGUGGUCGACCCCAAUAUCAUAACCAUGGUUACAAUGAUGACUAUGAUGACAGAUCACGUGAUAGAGAUCGCGAUCGUUACUAUGACGAUAGACGGAAGUAAAACUGAGAGGAAUGAAAUAACAAUGACAAUUUUUACAUAUCUUUAUACACAUCCGUCCAAAGUGUUGGCACAUAUCAACAAAUUACAAUUUGUACAGAUCUUUAGUUUUAUUCAAAUUCUUAGUGUAGGCACAGAAUUUGUACAGAUCUUUAAUCUUUUUCAUAUCCGUCCAAAGUGUAUGAACAGAAUAUAGAUAUCUGUUAUUUUGUUCAAAUCCGUCCAUAGAUUAGAUUUACACAAGUUAAAGAUUUGGGUAGGAUUUACAAAUAUUUUAAUUAAAUCUAGUUGUAAAUAUAUAAAUAGAUAGAACUAAUUUGCACUCUUAGUAAAUUAACUACAUUAAUUUAUUUGCAAUAUUUAUGUACGUAUAAGUCUGGAGUGAAUUGAGAAUACAGUCUAAAUAUGACAGAAAGGAGACGCCCCAUAAGUGUCAACAGAGUACCUGAUUUGAUCAUGCACACGGUAACCCAUUUAAUAGUCUGAAACCCCUCGGCCAGCAGUAUUGCAUACAACUCUCUUAGUGUCUCAAUUGAUUGAAACAGUUUCAUUUUUGUAGUAGGCAUUUACGAAUUGCUGGGCGGUUGGAAUCGGAGGUCGGUGUUACGCUAGGCCCUGAUCAUUUACAACAAGCGUACUAUUCAAAUUAAAAAUCAAUUAAAUAGACUUGGAAAUGUUUUCUUUUAUUCUUACUCAAACAUGUCAUGAGGGAUUGUUUGGUUCAAAAACUAUUUCAUAUUUAUUUGAUUUUAGUUGUGCAAAAUACGACGCUUGCAUUGUCAGAAGAGCUGGUGGCGCAGAUUUGCGACAAGUAACCCUAUGAGUAAAAGUAUAUUGAUAUAGACAUAACUGUAAUAUUUAUUAAUACACUACUUAGCUAUUAUACAGAUAUAGUAUAAUAAAGAUUAAUAACUUAUUUCACUGUUUAGG